ACAUUUAAAUGUAACUCCUUCCUGUCCAUUCUUUAAAUACGUCCCCCAUGUUAUGAAAUCCACGGGGGUAAUGUGAAUGUAUUCAACUCUAGGAUAAACAUUCAAGACAGAGCUUCCUUAGGUAAUGGCCUCCCCUUCACCCCACGACCGGAGUCGUCGCCCCAGCGAGGACCAGGAUGAGGAGGACCCAGUGGACCAGAUGAUCAGCAGGACAGGAUGUGGGGAGCUGCACUACGCCGUACAGGAGUGCAUGGCCGAGCACCAGGACUGGAGGAAGUGUCAGAGACAGGUCCAGACCUUUAAAGACUGUAUGAUGACCUUCCAGAAGGCCCGGAAGGAACAGCUGAUGAAGCAGAGGCCGUCUACAGAGUCUGCCUAGAAGAGCAUCGGGUGGUUUGGGUGUUUUCGUAUCUGGACUGAUAACUGAGAUAUCAACGUUUUAGUUUUGCCGCUGACAUUAUAAUUGGUUAACGUGUCUAAAACAGUCUUUCCCAAAUGGUGGAUCGCAACUGAGAUUUUUGGGGCCACAGCCCAAGACUGUGUCCGUGCCGACUGUGUCCGUGCCGACUGUGUCCGUGCCGACAGUGUCCGUGCCGACAGUGUCCGUGCCGACAGUGUCCGUGCCGACAGUGUCCGUGCCGACAGUGUCCGUGCCGACAGGGUCCGUGCCGACAGGGUCCGUGCCGACAGGGUCCGUGCCGACUGUGUCCGUGCCGACUGUGUCCUUGCCGACUGUGUCCGUGCCGACUGGGUCCGUGCCGACUGGUGGUUCACAACAUUACACUUAAAGCUGUAGAUGGAUCUCAACUCAUCAAGUUGUGGGAAAAGACACAGUUAAAACACCGUACUAUCACACUGCUUAGAGCACAGACUGUUUGUCACAGUGUUUGUUAUGACAGCAGAACCGUUUCUCAGACUGUUUUCCCUCUGGGCUUUCCUGAUGCGUCAAGAUUAAUAACUGACGAUUCUCUUCUCUAAAUCAAUCAUGUGGUUUAGGGCUGUGUGUGUGUGUGUGUGUGUGUGUGUGUGUGUGUGUGUAUGUGUUGAAAAGCUACAACAUUCACAUUUCAUUCACAGCUUAUAAUUGGUUAAAGGGUGGAUGGGUGUGUGCUUGCCCUAGAGAGAGAGAGAGAUCAGUUCCUAUAGUGGCAGAGUUAACAGGCACAUUUUAAUGUGCUUGUAUUCAUUUUGACAUUAAAAAACAGUAUAUGUCCCCAUCA